AUGGGAGUGAGCCGCCCUGCGCACGUGGACGCCGCACUGCACUCCGAUCUCCAGCAUUUCCACGUGUUAUUUCCCAAGUUGCUUGCAGCCCCAUACGUAGCGAUCCAAGGGCACCAGCAUCGCACUCCCAUGCGCCAUGUGUUAUUCGUCUCCACACGCCAACUUUCCCCCGUUCCCUUCCUCCUUCCCCCCCUGUCCUGCACCCGUCCCCGUGCCAUGCGCCACGAGAGCAGCAAUGUGCGCAACAGGAACCUCACAGGGUCCCUCCCAGCGUCCAUCGGCAACCUUGCUGACCUCACCAUGCUCGAUAUAAGCCGCAACAACAUCAGUGGGCCCAUCCCCGACUCCAUCAGUCAGCUCAAGGCUCUUGCUUACUUGAACAUGGCGUACAACCAGCUGAGCGGACCCAUCCCCACUGGCGUAAGCGAGCUACUCAAGCUCUCUGUCCUGCGGGUGCGGCACAACCAGCUCAACGGCACCAUCCCUGACUGCAUCUCCCACUGCUCGCUGCUGCAAUCGCUGCACGUGAGCAUCAACCACCUCACCGGCUCGCUUCCUGAAACCCUGGGCCAGCUCUCCAAGCUAAAAAAACUGUGGGCGCACAACAACAGUCUCACAGGCGGCAUUCCCCAGUCCCUCAGCCACCUCUCCUUCCUGCAGGACCUGAAUCUGGGCAACAACAACCUCACGGGCACCAUCCCCGCACCAGUCUUCACGCUCACCAUGCUCACAUCGCUGUCGCUGGACAACAACAACCUCACGGGCUCGCUGCCAGACGCCCUCACGCAGUUGCAAGAGAUCAAGAAACUGUCGCUGGCGGGCAACAGCAUCUCGGGCCCUCUCCUGCCUGGCCUCGCAUCACUCAAGCGCCUGGAAACGCUUAACUUAAACCAAACACAGUUCACAGGCUACCUCCCUCCCGACCUGGGCAGCCUCGAGUUCCUCAAAAAUCUGGAAACGGCCAACACUACUCUGUCGUGCCCGCCCACCUCCGCCUCCUGCGUGUCGCCGCUCUCCAACGCCUCUCGCUUCUGCCACCUCUGCCCUCAGUACUGCUCUGCCUGCCUUGCUCGAGCAGCGAGGGGCUUUGAGUACAUGCACAGCUUCAACAUCGUGCAUCGCGACAUCAAGCCCGCCAACAUCCUCAUCACCACCGACAUGCAGGCGAAGAUAGCGGACUUUGGGCUGGUGAGGCAGGAGGAGGGGGCGGGGAGUCUAUCGGCAACGAGGGCUCGUUAUCUCUCCCUGCCAUUCAUUCCCUCCGUCCUCCUUUCCCUCCUUCCACCUCCCGUUUUAUUCAUUCACUGGGCGAGCAGCUUUGGAGUGCUCAUUCUGGUGAUGCUCACGGGCCGGGAUGUGGUGGAGUCAGCACAGAAGAAGUUCACCUACCUGCGGGACCUUGCCAAGCAAGCCGUGGCAUCCAGCGACAGCACGGGCAUCCGCGACCCGGCGCUCCCCGACGCGCCCGACGAGGCGCUGCUCCUCAUUGCGGACAUCGCGGUGCGGUGCACGGACCAGCGCACGGCCCUGCGCCCCUCCAUGAGCGACGUCGUCAACGCGCUGCAGGCGGUGCGGCGGCAGCAGCUGGGCGGCGACGAGGAGGAGCAGAAGAAGGCGGACUCUGCCGUGCUAGUGGACGCGGAGAUAGAGGCCAUGCGCGUGGAGCUGAGGGGGCACGAGGACACACUGGACGAGGAGCUCAGCGCCGUCAUGCGCUCCAUGGCCACGCCACGAGGGGCCGCUGCCGCCGCUGAUGCUGCUACCCAUGGGUUCCCGCCAGUGUCGGCCUCUCACGCGCCUGCCGUCGCUGCUGCUGCUGCUGCUGCUGCUUCCGCGGGCGGCAAGGCUGCAAGAGAGCAAGAGGAAGUCCAAGAGGUGUCGCUGCAAUUCUACCUACAAGGGCCCGCACCCACCUCACACACCCCACCGCCCGCCCCACCAUCUGCGGAACAGCCUGCACCGUUUGCCUUCUCUCUUGCACCAGGCCCGUCCUUGACCCCGCCUGGGAGCAGCGGCGAUGGUACAACGCUGGGUGGUGGUGGUGAAGCAGGGAGGGGCCAUGACACUGUCUUGUCUGUGGACGACUCACAGCAUGCCGGGGCUUGGGAGUACCACCCCCAGCACGUGGGUGUGCAUGUGGGCCAGAUGAUUCUGAUGCUGAAUCGUUCUCGUUCGGGACCAUGGCUCCCCACACUUCCCCUCCCGCCCUCACCCCUCCUCCCGCCCUCACCCCUCCUCCCGCCCUCACCCCUCCUCCCGCCCUCACCCCUCCUCCCGCCCUCACCCCUCCUCCCGCCCUCACCCCUCCUCCCGCCCUCACCCCUCCUCCUGCCCUCACCCCUCCUCCCGCCCUCACCCCUCCUCCCGCCCUCACCCCUCCUCCUGCCCUCACCCCUCCUCCUGCCCUCACCCCCUCCUCCCGCCCUCACCCCUCCUCCCGCCCUCACCCCUCCUCCUGCCCUCACCCCUCCUCCUGCCCUCACCCCUCCUCCUGCCCUCACCCCUCCUCCUGCCCUCACCCCUCCUCCUGCCCUCACCCCUCCUCCUGCCCUCACCCCUCCUCCUGCCCUCACCCCUCCUCCUGCCCUCACCCCUCCUCCUGCCCUCACCCCUCCUCCUGCCCUCACCCCUCCUCCUGCCCUCACCCCUCCUCCUGCCCUCACCCCUCCUCCUGCCCUCACUCCUCCUCCUGCCCUCACCCCACCUCCCACCCUCACCCCACCUCCUGCCCUCACCCCUCUGUCUGCCCUCACCCCUCCGCCUGCCCUCAAACCCCCACCAGGCAGGUCCCCGCCCUCACCAGCGCCCCUCGCACAGCUCGCACCUGCUUUCCCAUCACAGCAAUCACUGGGCCUCACAUCGCUAAAGUCUGAGGACUCCACUCAAGGCGAUGACCCACUGGCAGAAACACCAAGCUCUGACACGCCCGACCCCGAUUCAUCCCACAGCUCAGACCCCUCUGGCGCAUCAGUGGAUUCUUCAAUCAGCCGGCAAGACUCAACUGGUGCGGGGGAUUCUUCUGGCUCUGCUCGCAAGAGUGCACGCAAGGGUGGGCAUAAGGGUCGUAGAGGGAGGUGA